GCCAAGAGGGGAAACGAAACAGAUGCAGCCACAAUGGAGCUGGUAGGAGCAUUCACAAAACCGGGUAAAAUAAGCUAAUCACUCAAAGUGAGAAAUGGAGCAGAAAAAGAUGGCAGCUAUGAAUCAGAGCCCAUCUAGAGAAGUGCCCCAGAGAGGGCUGGCAGAUUCAGAUCUUAGCACAGUGAUGUCCAAAAUGACAAUUAAUAAACACCAAGCCGAUCCUGAGUGUGAGAACAUAACACCGACUUCACCUGUAUCGAGCUGUGUGUCAAUGAAAAGUGACCAUUCAAUGAACCCUCCACUGAAGUUUCAGGAAGAAUCAUCAAGCAUUCCCGGGGGAAAACCACUUUCGCCUGUACCGAGCUGUCUGUCAAUGAAAAGUGAUAAUUCAAUGAACCCUCCACUGAAAUUUCAAAGUGAAACAUCACAAGUGCACAGGGGAAAACAAGCUUCGCCCGUACCGAGCUGUCUGUCAAUGAAAAGUGAUAAUUCAAUGAACCCUCCACUGAAAUUUCAAAGUGAAACAUCACAAGUGCACAGGGGAAAACAAGCUUCGCCCGUACCGAGCUGUCUGUCAAUGAAAAGUGAUAAUUCAAUGAACCCUCCACUGAAAUUUCAAAGUGAAACAUCACAAGUGCACAGGGGAAAACAAGCUUCGCCCGUACCGAGCUGUCUGUCAAUGAAAAGUGAUAAUUCAAUGAACCCUCCACUGAAAUUUCAAAGUGAAACAUCACAAUUGCACAGGACGAUAAAACAGGAGAGAUCCCACACAUCAGCACCCAGCUGUGCGUCUCUCAAAAGUAACUGGUCUCUGGACCUACCAGACUCUUUUAACAAAUCUUCUGGGCACAGGGGAAAACAAGCUUCGCCUGUACCGAGCUGUCUGUCAAUGAAAAGUGAUAAUUCAAUGAACCCUCCACUGAAAUUUCAAAGUGAAACAUCACAAGUGCACAGGGGAAAACAAGCUUCGCCCGUACCGAGCUGUCUGUCAAUGAAAAGUGAUAAUUCAAUGAACCCUCCACUGAAAUUUCAAAGUGAAACAUCACAAUUGCACAGGACGAUAAAACAGGAGAGAUCCCACACAUCAGCACCCAGCUGUGCGUCUCUCAAAAGUAACUGGUCUCUGGACCUACCAGACUCUUUUAACAAAUCUUCUGGGCACAGAAAUAGCAAAAGAACCAAGAUUCCUCCAAGCAAACCAAGGACAAACUUAACUGGCAUUUCACAAAGCAUGAUUCACGCUGCUCAUGACUCUCAAAAGUACACAGAAUUACCUAGCAAAGAAUUAUGCAUGAAAUUAAAAUCCAGGCUAAAGAAUCGAUUCCAGUGGUUAUCUGACGGACUACAAAGACAUGGAACACGUCUCAGUGACAUCUACACAGAGCUUUACAUUACAGAGGGAGGAAGUGGAGAAGUGAAUAAUGAACACGAGGUGAGACAGAUUGAGACAGCAUCAAGAAUUCACCAGUCAGCAGAUGACAAGCCAAUCAAAUGCAAUGACAUAUUUAAACCCUUACAUGGACAUGAUGUAAGGGUUAUGCUGACAAAGGGAGUUGCUGGCAUUGGAAAAACAGUCUCUGUGCAGAAAUUCAUCCUGGACUGGGCUGAAGACACAGCAAAUCAGGAUGUCCACUUCAUAUUGCCACUUCCCUUCAGGGAGCUUAACUUGAUGAAGCACCAGAGCUUCAGUCUGGAGGAUCUGGUUCACCAUUUCUUUCCAGAGCUAAAAGAAAUAAAGUUUACCAACGUUACCACACACAACACUGUGUUUAUUUUUGAUGGUCUGGAUGAACAUCGUUUACUCCUGGAUUUUCAAAACAGUAUGGUUGUAAGUGAGGUAAAUAUUCCUACCUCAGUUGAUGUUUUACUGACAAACCUCAUCAAGGGGAAUCUUCUUCCUUCUGCAUUCAUUUGGAUAACCUCCAGACCAGCAGCAGCCAGUCAAAUUCCUCAUGAAUGGAUAAGUCAGGUCACUGAGAUCCGAGGAUUUAAUGACCCUCAAAAGGAAGAGUACUUAAGGAAGAACAUUAGAGACGAAAGCCUGGCCAAUGACGUCAUCAAGCAUCUGAAGUUGUCAAGGAGCCUCUACAUCAUGUGCCACAUACCCGUGUUUUGUUGGAUUUCAGCAACUGUUCUGGAGAAGAUGUUAAAAGAAGCAGAAGGUAAACCAAUUCCCAAGACACUGACUCAAAUGUACACACAUUUUCUAAUAAUUCAGACUUGCAUUAAAAAGGAAAAGUAUAAUGAGUCUCAGCAGAAAGACAGCGAGAUGAUUAUUAAAUUAGGAGAGCUUGCCUUCAAACAGUUGCUAAAAGGAAAUUUGAUCUUCUACGAGGAAGACUUGAAAGAGUGUGGCAUCAAUGUCAAGGAUGCAGUCCUGUACUCCGGGGUUUGCACUCGAAUCUUCAGAGAGGACUUUGAGCUUGUCCAUAGUAAAGGAAAGGUCUUCUGCUUCGUCCAUUUAAGCAUCCAGGAACAUCUUGCAGCUUUGUAUGUGCACAUAACCUUCAGCAAAGGGAACAAAACUGUGCUUAACCAGUGGAAAUCGACAAAAUGCGCCAUUACAUUUUCAUGUUUGUCCCUCACUGACCUCCACAAGAGUGCUGUGGACAAAGCCUUGCAAAGCAAAAGUGGAGAGCUUGACCUGUUCCUUCGCUUCCUUCUUGGCAUCUCUCAGGAAAGCAACCAGGCUCUACUUAAAGAGCUGUUGCCACAGCUAUCAGCAUGCAGUUCCCAAAGUGUUCAAGACACAAUCGAGUACAUCAAGAUCCGGCUCAGGAUGCAUCUUAAUCCAGAGAAGUAUAUCAACUUGUUUCACUGCCUAAAUGAACUCAAUGACUUUUCUCUAGAAGAGGAGAUACAAAAUUUCCAGACAUCCAGGCGCCUUGCCAAAACCAAGCUCUCUCCUUCACAGUGGUCUGCUCUGGUGUUUGUGUUGCUGACCUCAGGAAAUGCUCUAGACAUCUUUGACCUGAGGAAAUACACCAUGGACAAUACAGAUGAAUGCCUUCAGAGAAUGCUGCCUGUUGUGAUGGCAUCCAGAACAGCUGAAGUCAGAAACUGUAACCUCACAGACAAAGGCAUUCAAGCUCUGACCUCAGCCCUCAGCUCAAAGUCUUCAUGCCUCAGAGAACUGAAACUCAGUGGUAAUAUUUUGCGUCAGUCUGGCGUAAAAAUUCUUUCUGAAGGUCUUCAAAGUCCACACUGUAAACUGGAAAUUCUGGACUUGUCUGAGUGUGAAAUUCAAGCAGAAGAUUGCAGGUCCCUGUUUUCAGCCCUUAAUUUAAACCCUUCACACCUGAGAAAGCUUGACCUGAGCUUUAAUCCCCUGGGCCAAUCAGGAAUAUUCUUCCUCUCUGAUGCUCUGCAGAAGCCACAAUGUAGGCUGGAGACAUUAAAGCUUUUUAACUGUCAACUAAACAGCCAAAGCUGUGCACACCUGGCUGAAGCGCUGAACAAUAACUCCAGCUUGAUUGAAUUGGAUUUGAGUAAAAAUGAUCUUAAGUACUACGGAGCACAACAUCUCUCUAAUGGCCUGAGGAAUCCUUCCUGUAAACUAAGCAUUCUAAGCCUAGCAGACUGUGGCAUCACCAUUAACGCUUGCCGCUCACUGUGUAACGCUCUAAAUUCAAACCCGUCUCACCUGAGUGAGCUGUGUCUGAACAGGAAUCCAGUUAUGGACAGAGGAGUACAGCACAUCUCUGAUUUUCUAAGUAAGCCCUGCUGUAAGCUGGAGAAGCUAAGGUUGUCAUACUGUUCUGUCACUGAAAGUGGUUGUACCGCUCUGGCCUCGGCUCUCACAUUGAACCCUUCACACCUCAAAGAGCUGGAACUAACUGGGAACCAACCAGGGAAAUCUGGACGGGACAAACUUUCAGCUUUACAAGAGCAUAAAGACUACAGACUGGAAAAAUUAAAGUUAUAGAAGACUAUAAGCUCCUGCACAGGACAAAAUUAAAUGUAUUCUGUCAUGUCCUUCUGCCACGAGUCAAUGGAAUGCACAGUAUGAAAAAGCAUAUGAUGCUUGAAAAAGAAAUGGAAGUAUGAAAGUGAAUGACUACUCACACUGGACAUGGUGAUCUACUCUGGUCUUUGUCUUUCACCUGAAGAAAGACAAUAUACAAUGCACAUGAGUGUCUUCUGAGAUGCUGUUGUGAUGGCAUCAAGAACAACUUAGUAAGUUUGUCUGUCUAGUAUUUUAUAAGACAGGCUUUGUAUUUUCAUACUGUUGUGGGUGUUUUGUUGAAAGCUGCAAUAUACACAAAAAAUAUUAUAUCGGGUAGCACAGAUUUCUCAAGCCAGAUAUAUACUGUAAAAGUGCAAUGCUGCGUUUAUUUGUAAUACUCUGUUUAGUGUUGUUAGUUUUGUGAAAGAUUCCUUUUACAUUUGUGAAUAUUAAAAAAUUACAUUUUUAAAAUAUUUUAAAAUAUUAGAACUUGUUUAGAACUUUUCACUUAUUGUAAGAAAGUCUCCACAUUCACUGCAGAAUCUUACCUCUUGGAGGUAGAAUGUCAUUUGUCACAAGUUUCAGGUUUUUUUAAGGCAUGAUGUAACAAGACAUGUGGUGAUAACCAGUUAAAUAACCAGUGGUGAAAACCAGUUGGGUGGCUGUGGCUCAGGUGGUAGAGUGGGUUGUCCACUAAUCAUAGGGUUGUCGUAUUGAUUCCUGGCCCACAGGGCAAGUUAGCGCCUUGCAUGGCAGUUCUGCUACCAUUGGUGUGUGUGUGUGAAUGGGUCAAUGAGACACAAUGUAAAGCACUUUGGAACUGGUUAGGUUAAAAAAGUGCUAUAUAAGUGCAGAUAUAAAUGAUAUAUCUUGGUGCAUGUACAGGGAAAAAAUCAGUGGUUCAACAUUGGCCCUUAUCAGUUGGAGAUGGUACAAUGCAUAAUAUUUUUAUCAUGGGACAUAACAAUAUUGUCCCUAUAUCUUAGUUCUAUUCAAAAGGAUGUUGCCUAGAUAAGCACCAUAUUCACACAAUGUUUGCAUACCCUACAGCUGGUGGUAGCAUCACGUUUAGAGUUACCCAUAGCUUCUUUGUUGUGUCUUUUAUUGACUAAUACCCUUCUUCCUCUCUGUGCAAUUGUGCAAUAUUCUUUUCAUGUUUAGUAAUGGAUUUAAUGGUGCUUCAUGGGAUGUUAAAAGUUUGGGAUCCGUUUUUUUUCUCUUUUUACAACCCAACAAUGAUUGAUACGUACGCAGAGUUUUGUCAUUGACUUGUUUUGAUAGCUCCUGGCUCUGCCUGAUGCUGUAUGGUUAAGUAUGUUCUUGAACAAAAUUUGGUGCCUUCCGUUUUUUGUAGUUGUAUAAGUCAGGGCAUAACAUAUAACCAAUUUAUUGUUCAGCAUAGAUUAUUUUAAUGGUUAAUGGUGGGUUCUUUAAAGACACCACUUCAUAAAGAAUGGCCUGGUAUUCCACUACAUAUUAUACAGGAUUUGUAUGAUUUGGGUCCAGAGGCUCUUCUGAUCACAAACAGACUUUUUUCUUUAUAUGAUAUAGUUGCAUUGGUACCUUUCUGUUAUUUUGUCAGUCCUAUGUAUGUGAACAUUUUACUUGCACUAUGUCUCUGAUGAUUGACUAUGUGCAGUAUGCAUUGUAUUACUUUUAACUAUUCUUUUUUAUAUAUAUA